AUGGCGAGUCUGCCUUCAAUUACAAAAAGCUUCAAAGAAUACACCAUCGGAUGGAUUUGCGCCCUUCCCCUGGAGGCAGCGGCGGCAACCGCUAUGCUCGACGAUGAACACAAGAAGCCUUUCGACUUUAUUCAACCUCGCCAAGACACCAACGUAUAUACAUGGGGCAAUAUCGAUGUCCACAACGUGGUCAUAGCAUCGCUUCCUGCUGGAGAAUACGGAACUACAUCGGCGUCAAAUGUUGCUACAACAUUACUGAUGUCCUUUCCUGAGGUCCGAUUUGGGCUCAUGGUCGGUAUUGGAGCUGGCGUCCCCCGCCAAGACAGGGAUAUUCGACUUGGCGACGUCGUCGUCAGUGAGCCCAAAGGAACCAGCGGUGGCGUUGUGCAAUAUGACUUCGUCAAAGCUAUCCAGAAUGUUGUCGACGUUCUCCAAGGGGGGACGCUCAAGCGUAUGGGCAUGCUAAACAGACCUCCCACGGUGCUUCUUAACGCAGUGUCUGCUCUGAAAAAACAGCACGAGAUGCGGGGGAUCACCCGUAUCCCUGAAUUCCUCCGAGCCAUGCUCAAACGUAACCCUGGUAUGCGCGAGGCCUACGUCUAUCAGGAGGCUCAUAAUGACCGGCUGUUUGAGGACUCUUGUGGACACAUUGGAGAUGGUGACUGCGCCUCCACCUGUGACCUGAACAAGGUAAAACCACGUAACCCCAGGGUUUCCGAAAAUCCCAAGAUCCAUUAUGGAGUUAUCGCAUCAGGGAAUACACUCGUUAAAGAUGCUAGUACUAGGAAAGUGCUUGCGCUACAGACGGGAGAGGACUGUAUUUGCUUUGAGAUGGAGGCCGCCGGACUCAUGAACACGUUUCCCUGCUUGGUCAUACGGGGCAUAUGUGACUAUGCGGACUCGCACAAGAACGAUACGUGGCAGCGGUACGCAGCAGCAACUGCAGCAGCCUGUGCAAAAGAACUGUUCCAGCAUAUUCCGGCACAGGAACUCACAUCCAGUCCGUCGGCACAGGACGUGCUGAGACAGAGCGGCGAAAGCCAUGGCUCUCCUGCUGUAGUUGCUCCCAGUUUGCAGCCGUCUCCUCUUACUGCCAUUCCUGCUGCUCAGCAGUCGCCUUCCUACUUCCCUCCACCAGCCCAUCAGCAAUCAGGCCCUGAUCUUAGUGAUCUGAUCGCUCAGGUUGUCCAAUUGAAUCAUCGUAUUCAAAACCUAAAGGCUACUGAUCUUGCUGGCUCUCCACGAUCGAAGCAACCGGUGACUCCCCCUGCCACCCCUCGCAGUCAGUCGGAACCACAACUUCUUCAAGAAGAAGUUAAGAAAUUGGACGGCCAGAUCGCCGAUAUUGAGAAGCUGAUAAAGGGCUUGUCGGCGCGAGCACCUAUCUCUACCAACCAACCACCAGUCACAGCCGAUCGACCAAGUCGUGGUGGCCGACCCUCAACGGGAUCGGUCGGUAUUUUCAGUCGCACAUCUCUUGACGAGUCCUUUACGAGGGAUCCCGUCAAGUUCAGAAGAAUUAUUGAGCAGUUUUUCAGGGGUCCCUGGCCGAGAUUUUUAAACGAUUGGGGAGCCUCUCGCCUCAAGCGGAUUGAGAAAGAGGUUAUGCAGCCUUUGGGAAUCCAAUACUCUAUUCGCUACAGGGAUACUGCCGCCUGGACGAAUGAGAGAUUGCCGCUCAACGAGAGGUUGCGGGAUUUCAUUUCGUCUCUUGAUAGUGCAGCUGAUCCCAAAUCUUUGCCCUGGAAAGUGUAUAACCAAUCUAUCCUCAGCUUGAGUAUAGUCUGUGAGGAUUAUUUAGGCCAUGAGAUAUUCCGGCGAUAA